AUGUCCUUCUCCACCACGGUCAAUAGUGCGCUGCGAGUCGAGACUGUGUACGUCUCCGAUGGUCACCUCUACGCCGCCCUCCGCAUGCCGUCUCGACAAAUCGUACAUGUCCCCGCCUUAACCGUAACAGACGACGUCCUGAUCGCCGACGUCUUCUCGCGCGACCACUCGUGGGAAGCGCUUCACGACACUCAUCGCGCUCAUCUCCUCCCACCGCAAUGGCUGAAGUACUACAACCUCUUCGUCGCUCUCGUCCAAGGUCCCGUCAAUCUCAACGCCCACCAGGUCAUCGAGUUCCAACACAAUUACCUCAGCUUGAUCCAACGAACCGGACGGCUUCCCCAACUGCCCUCCAGGCACAUGACCGAGACGUAUCGAUUGCCUCAAUACGAUGCUUCCCUAGCAAGCAUGCGUAACGAUAUCGACCUCAAACUUUGUCCGCCAACCCGACAACCCAGCCUGGACCCUCGUUUGGUCAUGAGGACUUAUACCGACUGCGAUAAUCUCAAGGCCUACCUCGUAUCUCCAGCGUUCAUGCGCCAAGACACCCCCGACUCGAGUUACACGGACAACUCAACUACCGACGAAAUCAAAUCCGAGAUCCCUCGCAAUCCUCCGUGUCUAAACUAUAGUCCUCACUAUAGUCUAGAACCUUUCCUGUCCGCGAGGACCGUCAUAGUUGAUCAUCGCAGUCGGUAUAAGUUCUCAUGA